AUGGAAUGGACGAGUAACCUGCGGCGCACCCAGUCACUGAAGGCCAUCCCCUCAUCAUGUGACAAGCCCACCUGGACACAAGCAGGACUGAGGGACAAGAAAGAGUCUGUGUCCCAACUAGUUGCAAGGUAUCAAACUACAGUGAAAGUAAGUGCAUCAACUCAAGCAACUUUGGCAAAUGAUGGUGAAGCAAAGCCAAAGCAAGUGUUAAAAGAGAUUACACCAUCUCUUCUGGAGAGUAAAGAGACUCAUCUGGCAUCCCUGAUGAGGAGAAAUGACGAGAGGGAACGGUCUCGAGCCAAAACCACUUUAACGCGCAGUAAGUCAGUGGGGGGCCUUCAAAACAGUGCUGGUUCCAUAGAGGCCCUGAAGGCUCUGUUUGAGUCAAAGGCUGCCACACAAAACAAGGUGAAGAGCAGUUUCAGAGCUGCAAACCUCGUGUCACCUCACAAGGAAGCAGGCAUCAUGCCAGUGAUGAAUGGAGAGGUUGAGGAGGUAAAGAGGUCGUCUGAGGAACAGAUGACAAACAUUACCCCUGAUGCGCCGGUUAAUGACACUAAAACUGAUGCAAAGGAGGAUCACGUGACUCGAAAGGUGGUGAAUCAGACCCGGACAGAGAGGAGAAAAACAAUUGGAGGUAUUGAUUUUGAAAAAAUUGCAGCCUCUCAAGCUGAUGAAAAGAGGAGGUCGAUUGCAGACUUCAGAGACAGCUCCUUCCUCCAAACCAAGGAGAAACUGUGUGUCUCGGUCAAAGCUAUGUCUGCCCUCUACCUGUCAAAGGUUGCAACUCCAGAACCAGCACACAGCCUUUUAAAAUCGGCACAAGAUCAGUCAUCUGAAUCUGGGAAAAGAGUUCAACUAACCAAGUUUCAACCAACGUGUCGGGAGAUGUGCUCUGCCUGUCUGAAGCCAGUUUAUCCGAUGGAAAAAAUAACUACAGACAAAUUCAUUUUUCACAAAACUUGCUUCUGUUGUAAACAGUGCAAGAAAAAGUUGAGCAUGUACAAUUAUGCACCUUUACACGGGCAAUUCUACUGCAUAUUUCACUACCAACAACUGUUCAGAAGAAAAGGGAAUUAUGAUGAGGGCUUUGGACAUGCUCAACACAAGAACCAGUGGCUUCUGAGGAAAACUGCUGAUGUGGUGCAUGAUGAAUCUGAAGCAUGAAUAUACAGUGUAAAUCUGAUGAGAUGGUGACGAUGAAAACACGAAAAAUCUACUUGAGGAUGUGUUUGAGGCACCAUGUGAUGCUACCGCUGUCCAAAUUUUACUGUGUUCUUCCACGUAAUGGUAAUGAUUAAUAGUGUGUUGACACAUAACCCACUGCGACAAUAGCUUAACCAUUGUAAGGGUAUGGCAGAUACUGACACACGUAAUUGUAUUCUUCUUCAUUCCAUUUUGUUAAAUAGAAGGCUUUUAAAAACAACAUAACCCUCUUUAAUGGAUAUUUAGUAAAAAUUAAAAAGUAAAAUUGAAAACCAUAAUUUUAAAUUUCCUAUGAACAAGGAUAACAAAAAUCAAAAAUUCAAAUGAUUUAACUACACAGAACAUGAAUCAGACUAAAUUUGCCUUACACCCAAUGUUCUUGUUGCCUAGUGUAAGAUAAUACUGUACAUGUGAUUUUAUGACUUAUUACUGUGAAACAUUAAGGCCCUCCCUUUUGAUUCAAAUAACUAAUCCCUUAGCGAUAGACAGGAAUACUUGCAUUUAUUACACAGAGCCAGUUGUAGGUAUAAAGAAAUGCAUUACUCUGGUAUACUGCACCAGGUUUUGUGACAAUAAAAUACACUGUUCAACCUUUGUUAGAGUUUUGUGUUUAAGUAAACUCACUAUACCAUGGCAUCAGCAUGAAUCCUACGUGACAGUUGAUUUGUCUGCUCAGCUCACCCUCUGGUCUUCUGAAAUAAAAGAA